GCAGGCGGGAGGAGAGCUGAUGUUCACCAAGGAUGGAGAUCUGAAAGUGGUUGUUUUCGGUCCUUUCUUCUUCUUUUUUUUUUUUUUCAACCAAAGCAGCAUUUCUUAGAAGCUUUUUUUUCACAGCACACUAAGGGACGAGUACAAGUUCGAUAUCGCACUCGUCUGUCGUUUUUCCAUGACAAACUGGUAAUAACUCAUGGCAAAAACUGAAACGUUCAGCACCCGAGUCGAGGACAGCUCUAGUCUAAUCCUGUCUCAUCAACACUAAAAAUAUCACUAUAGGGCGACCUAUGAACAAAUUCGGUGUGCUUGUUUAAGUAACUAUUUUCAGACACCAUAAAGCGACAACCGCCAAUGUAACGCUGUCUCGCAACCUGGGGAGAAGUCUAGAGAUCCGGGGAGGGAGGAAUCCGCGAAUGACUGUGCUCUCAAUAUGUACCAGGGACACUUACAGGGCAAGGACUCUAGGGCUGCAGAUAAGACUGUGGCCAUGGUCCUGAAGGAGAUACCGAGUAAGGCGUCCUCUGAAGGGAAGCCCCUCCUCCCGGUGACUACGAAGCUGGUGAGCGAGCAACAGGAGAGCCGGCCACUACUCAGCCCCUCCAUCGACGACUUUCUGUGCGAGACCAAGUGUGAUGGCUCCCGCCCUCGCCCCGUCACGUCCAACACUGCUGUGCUGUCCUCAGCCCUGGACCUCCUGGACCUCAGUGAGCCCAGCGAGCAGAGGAACGGCCGGGACAAGAGGAGCCCCCUGGCGUCCCGCGGGGAGACCCCGAAAGGCGCCGCGCUCCGGAAGAGGACCGAGGAGACGGAGCUGAUCCAGGUGGAGGUGGAGCACGCCGCCCUGACCACUCGCACGCCAGAGAGGCGCUCGCUGGAUUCAGGCAGAGUCGACAUUUCGUCUACGCUGGAUAAAUGGGAGGAGCUGAAUCCCAACGGGAACAAGAAAUGGAAAUUGGAUCGGCGACGUUCGUCGAGGAACUCCUCGAAUGAAUUCCUGUGGUCGACCGACUGCAAAGCUCAAUCAGACCCAUCAAACAAGAACUCAGAGGCAAACACCAAAGCGGAGCCGGAAUGUGCUCUAGCAUCUCAAGGUCGUCUGACUAAGGAACCCAAGUGGGGCAGUGCGCUCCUCUCCAGGAACCAGUCCCUCGAGGAGGAGUUUGAGCGCGCCAAGGCCGCCGUGGAGUCGGACACCGAGUUCUGGGACAAGAUGCAGGCGGAGUGGGAGGAGCUGGCCCGGAGGAACUGGCUCACGGAGAACGAGCAGGCUCAGAUGCCUUCCUCCGUCUCGCCGCACGAGAAGGGUUACUACUUCCACACGGACAACCCCUACAAAGAGCACCACAACGCCUUCGAGGAGGGCCUGAAGAAGUCCCAGGAGGGGGAUCUGCCCAACGCCGUCCUGAUGCUGGAGGCCGCCAUCCUGCAAGACCCUCACGACUCUGAGGCGUGGCAGGUCUUGGGGACCACCCAGGCUGAGAAUGAGAACGAGCAGGCAGCCAUUGUCUCCCUCCAGAGGUGUCUGGAGCUCCACCCCAACAACCUGGCGGCGCUCAUGGGUCUGGCCGUCAGCCUGACCAACACGGGCAUGCGGCAGGAGGCGUGCGAGGCCCUUCUGCGCUGGCUGCGCCACAACCCCAAGUACAAGCACCUGGUCAAGGGCAAGAGCCAGCCCAACGGCUCCCCGGGGUCCCAGCGGCGGAUGUCUCGCGUCUCCACCGUGGGCCGCUACGAGUGCAGCCUGCUCCCAGAGGCGCGGGAGCUGUUCCUGGAAGGGGUGAGGAACAACUGCGACAGCGUGGACCCCGACCUGCAGACGGGCCUGGGGGUGCUCUACAACCUCAGCGGGGAGUUCAACAAGGCCGUGGAGGCCUUCAACGCCGCCCUCUCAGUGCGGCCACAGGACUACCUGCUGUGGAACCGCCUGGGGGCCACGCUGGCUAACGGGGACCGCAGCCAGGAGGCAGUGGAGGCCUACACCAAGGCCCUGGAGCUCCAGCCAGGCUUCAUCCGCUCCCGCUACAACCUGGGCAUCAGCUGCAUCAACCUGGGGGCACACAGGGAGGCGGCCGGUAACUUCCUGACGGCCUUGAGUCUGCAGAGGAAGAGCAGAAGCCACCAGCUGUCCCACCAGGUGAUGUCGGGGAACAUCUGGGCCGCGCUGAGGAUCGCCCUGUCCAUGAUGGACCAGCCGGAGCUCUUCCAAGCGGCCAACCUCGGAGACCUGGAUCUCCUCAUCAAGGCCUUCAACCUGGACAUUUGAGGGGGUGUAGUCACCAUAGGAUAGACCCCCUCCCCCCCUCCCAAACCAGUCCCACGUCUCUCCAAAACAAACCCAAACCUGAGAGUCCAAAGUGCUUGUUGAAGAAUGGACUGUUUUUUUAGGGAAUGACUGUGCUUCCUUUUGCACGGUGGUUUUAAAAAACAACACCCGACGGUUCUAUAUAUUUUUUCGAAGCCGUUUUCGUAGGAGAGGUUGAUGCUUUAAUUGGCGACUUUGAGAUGGAUUUCUGCUGCACUGUAAAUGGUGAUUUCCCCGAAGAGCACAAGGACGGGCAGAGAUUAUACAAGCAAUGCCUUAGAGAACCCGUCAAUUAAAAGCCCCACUCAUCUCGCGGAGGAGAAGUGUGGCUUUGGGACAGGAGAUGGAGGAAGACGUCACAGAGAACUAUUUUGAUCACGUGUACAGAGCAGAUGUUUUGUAAAAGAAUUUAAAAAAAAACUUAAAUAGACUUUGGGAUCCAACUACUUACUUCAGGACAAUGUCACCUUAGAGGAAAGUGUUUAGGGAGUGGACAAGGAAACGCAUGAACUGGGACAUUUUCUGUUUGUUGGUUUUUACCCAUCCAUGUUCAAAACAUUGCAUGCGUAGGUCAUUUCCAUAGUGGGACAUUGGACAUUUAAAUGACCUUCAAAUAUUUUCUCAUUGCACUUCAAGGGACUAUGCUCUUCGUAUAAGGGGGGGCGGAGCGAGCCUCACUGGAACGCAUGCAUACAAUAAUAUUUAUUUACGUUUUUUUAUAAAAACAAAAUGCUAAGCCAUUUUUGGGCUGGAGUGAAUUUCGUUAACCAUAGCUUCGUUCACUCUUUAGUAUUUUGUUUGUUUGUUUAUGUCUUUGUUUAGCUUUUUUCGCUUUCUAAAUCAAAAAAUUGCACACUAAAAAUUGCAUUUGCAUCUGUAACCCUUUACAAGUUGUACUUAAUAGUACCGAUUCAAGGUACGCCUGUUCACUUUUUUUAAUCUCUGAUGACUUUCGAACUAGUAGGCACUAGGCAGCAUUACAUAUUAUGAUGCAAUUUCAGCAUCAGCAGCCAAUCUUCUAGAACUCCUACCAAUUAUUUAUAUUUCUUCUGCACCAUGAAAUACAUAAAAAAAAAUACACAUUAGAAAACCAAAAUGAAUCCAACCACAAGCGUCAAUCAUAUUUUAAUCAGUAUUCUAGGAUUGAAUAUAUCUGCUUACAUGACAGCUGACUUUCUUAAAUCUCAGCAUACUUUUACCGUUGAGGAAGAGAAGAUGAAUAACAAUGAUAACAAAUCGAUCGUUCUAAUCCCCGUACAUACCAUUCAAGUGUUCAAUGUUCAAUAUUCCCCCGUUCUGUUUCUUUCACUCUCUGUUGCACAAGCUCAAAAAGAAUUCCCUAGAUUGCAAUGUUGUAACGGACCAUAUGCCCUAAAAUUGUUGGCCUACCUGUCUCUAGUUUGAAAGUCGCUCUGGGGAGAGAGGUAUGUCAACAAGGCUAGCCGAGCAUCGGACUGUAAAUGACAGCCCUGCCCUGUAGCAAAAACAUUAUUUUAGCAUUGUUUAGCGCGCUCUCUCUCUCUCUCUCUCUCUCUCUCUCUCUCUCUCUC